GUCAAAAUUCAAGAUGAAUUACGAUGGAAGACUUUCAAGCAAAUGUGUCUCUCUUUAUGAAGAACUGCGUCUAACGAGGAGACUUAACGACGCUGUUAUCAAAAUAGACAAUGCUGAAUUUCAUGUCCAUAAAAUCAUCCUAUGCAACUGCAGCCCGUACUUUGGAGCCCUCUUCCUACGUUGGUCAACCCCAGGCCAGAUGAUCUACGUCAUACAUGGUCUGACGCCUCACUUAAUGCAGCUCUUCAUUGAUUUUGCAUACACCGGCUCUGUGUCAGUAACAGAGGACAAUGUACAGGACUUGUUAGUGGCAGCUGAUAAGUUCAAUGUCAUAGGAAUUGUUCAAACCUGCAGCACAUUUCUAACAGAGCAGCUCUGCCCAGAGAACUGCAUCGGCAUCUGGCAGUUCACGAAGAACUGUCACACCCCGGAGCUGCAGCUCAAGGCCUACCAAUACAUCCUUUACCACUUUGAGGAAGUUGCAACCGCUGAUGAGUUGCGGCAACUCUCUAUGCCGGACUUCUGUGACAUCCUUGACAGAGAUGACCUGAUAGUGAAAAAGGAAAAUAUAGUUUAUGAGGCCAUCCUACACUGGAUUGGACAUGCACCUUGGGAGCGAGGCAGAAACCUUGCAGUCCUCUUAGCAAAAGUUCGUCUAGCUCUGACCAGUCAGGAGUACAUCACCAUCAACGUGUUGUCCAAUCAGCAGGUGCAGAACAGCCGGGAAUGCCUGGACAUGGUUGCUUUUGCAGCCCGAGUGAUGCGACACAUGACAACACACUCGGUGUCCGGAUAUUGCAACCUUGUCGCCCGUCCUCGCUUACCGUCUGCCAUCCUGCUGGCGAUCGGAGGCUGGAGUGGCCCGAGUGCAACAGACUGCAUUGAGGCCUACGACGUGCAUGCCAACUGUUGGGACUACCUGUUUGAUAAAAUGGAUCAACCCCGUGCUUACUGCGGUGCUGCCUUCCUCAACGACUCCAUCUACUGUCUGGGUGGCUUUGAUGGAGCAGAGCAUUACAACACGGUCAGCCGCUUUGACCUGAACACGGGCAUCUGGCAGGAAGUGGCGCCCAUGCACUAUCGUCGCUGCUAUGUGAGCGUAACUGUGCUAAACGGAUGCAUCUACGCAUUAGGGGGUUUUGAUGGACAUGUAAGACUAAAGACUGCAGAGUACUACAGACCCGAGACCAACCAGUGGACUUUUAUUGCCAGUAUGCACGAACAACGGAGUGAUGCCAGCUGCACGGCCCUAAACGACAAGAUUUAUGUGUGUGGUGGCUUUAAUGGAAACGAACCCUUGCAAACAGCAGAGUAUUACUGCCCAGAGACCAAUGAGUGGACCAUGAUUGCUCCAAUGAGCAGCCGUCGCAGUGGUGUUGGAGUCAUUGGUUUUGCUGACCAUAUUUAUGCGGUUGGAGGUUUCGAUGGUGAAAUACGUCUGACCAGCGCUGAGGCCUACAACCCGCGGUUGAACAACUGGAUAAUCUUGCCCCACAUGCAAUGCCCAAGAAGCAACUUUGGCAUUGAAGUCGUUGAAGAUUGCCUCAUUGUUGCAGGGGGGUACAAUGGCGUCUCCACAACCAGCCACGUUGAGUACUAUGACCUAACAACUGGUUUGUGGUCUCCGGCCAGUGACAUGAGGAUCUCUCGUAGUGGCUUGACUUGCUGUGUGAUGACCGGACUCUGCAACAUGACUAAAUGCGCUGUUGUUCGAAACAAUCUACCGUUGCUCUUCUUGGAAGACGAUGUGACAGAAAUGGACGAUGACAUCUGAAAGCCUGAAAAGUGCUCUGGAAUAAACCAAAAAGACAGCAGCAAAAUGACAAAUAUGCUGCUUCAUCUAUUUUAUUCUGUUAUUUUCUUGUAAAAUAUAGAAUUU